UUUACCUGGCAGAUAGCAUUGAAAGCUUCAAACUUCUUUUCUUCAUCUGUAAUAGCUCGUACUUCAGGUUCUGUGCUGACAAACUGUUUAAUUGGUAGAAUUUCUCCCUUGAUUUGUGUAGCUGUCUUGCGUUCUUCCUCCUAAACAAUAUGAAAAAUUAUAAAAGGUUUAAAGAAAUAUAUUUUAUAUUAUUUCAAAGUAAUUGUAUAGGUGUAUACAUACAGUAGCUUCGCCCUUCUUAAUUUUGUUGGUUUUGCUCUUAAGUGGGAACAAAAUCAAUUUGGAACGGUACUCCUUCAAACGUUCAAUGUUAACUUGCAACGAUUCCACACUCUUAUUCCUGCGUCUUGGGUCUACAGCAAUUCCAAUAGUACGGGCAAAAUGUUUGUUUAAACCAGCACCCUAAGUCAUCAUGUAGUUAACAGUAGUGAACACAUCAGUUCUGUAUAUGAAAUUUACCUUUAGUUCUUGUAGAGUGAAACCACGUCCAGCACGGACUUUUGUGUGAUAUCUCAGUGUAGGGCAACGUACUACCGGUCUAAGAGGACCCGCGGCAGGCUUAGGUGCCAACGCUUUGGCUUUCUUGAUACGCGUCUGUCUACGUCUCAAUUUACGAGCUGGUUGAUUGAACCAAGUCUUGAUAUAACGUUGCCAAUCUUUAUGGAAAUGUCCAUUCGGAAUCAUAUUAUUACCGCUUGGGGCCAUCUUGAUGCCUUUUGUUUAUUACCUAUAACCUGAACAGAAGCAAAAAGUACCGUGUCACAAUAAAAAUACAACACGUAGAAGGAAAAAUUUAAUUAAAAAAAAUUAAAACGGAGAAGUUAUUAAAUGAAUAUUAAUGUUCAAUUGAAAUAAUACAAAUUCGAAUAAUAUUAGUAGGUGUCUAAAAUUCUGAGAUUAAAAUGGAUAAAAUCGCAUGUACUUACCGAAAAUGAAGAGAACGAAACAAAUCAAACGAGCGGAUAGGAGUCAAAAGAAUCGUCCUGUUUGUUUGGUAGUUGAUAAGCGUAAUCGUUUAACCUCAAAAUAUUUGUUAAAUUUUCCUACAGUUUGUUCAUGUAUAAAAAUAUCGGUAAUUGCAUAUUGACUUGCAGGCACCACUGGUAAAUAGCCGGAACAAUGUCCGUUUUAAUUUUGUCGUAAAUGUUUUCUUUUUGCGUAAUGUUAUCUAUUCAUACGUAAUUAGACAGACAUCUAGUGCAUAUAAAUACUGCAGUAUGUUUUCACGCGAACCAAUAUCGAAGUAUCGUUUGACUGGAACACUGGUCAACUAUUUCUGUUCAAAUUCAAACAGCAAUCAUUACACGUAAGUGUAUUUAACUUUAUUAAAAACUAUACUAUCAUUUUUAUUUAACGGUUUAUACGAGUAUAGGUAGUGUUUUAGGUACCAAGUUAAGUACUUGAAAAAUGUUGAACCUACAUAUUGUCAUUUAUAUUUAAUAUGUGUAAUACCUAUAUGUAUUUUAUUUAAAUUUUUUUUCAUUCUUUUAUUUAUUUUAAUUGGUCGAAUUACGAUCGCACAAGUUGUUUGGUGGGUAUAAUAAAAAUAAAUACACAUUUUUGUAGGUAUACCUACUCAGUACAACUUGCAUAUUUUGACUCUGGAUAUUUCAAAAUUAAAAUGAAAUAUCGAGAAAUAAUGAAUUUCACAGUUUAUUUUGCCUGUAAACAGUCGUCGAUUUUUUUUCGAUGCAAUAGAUCUAUAUUUUGUCGUGAUAUUAUGUUGGAGUUAGGUAGGUAUCUACUUGGAGACAAUUCAGCGUUCGUUAAAUAUCCGCGCAGUCCUUCGCUCAUUAAAAUAAUAUAGCAGGCGAAUUUUUGUAUUUUAAACGAAUCUCAGAAAUCGCUGCAAAAUAUUGUUUUUGAAUCGAAUCAUAGUAAAUAAUAUAAAACCUAAACAUUAAUCAUGUAGGUACCUACCUGACUAUUAUUCGAAAACCCUAAAUCAUAUUUCUGUGCGUGUAAAAAUAAUUUUUAAACAAAACGGCGGAGAAUAAUUACUUAAAAUGUCUUCUAAACACCAUCAAUGGUACCUUUAUUAUUAACUAUAUUAAAAUAUAAUAUUACUAUAUAAUGCCGCAGUUAACACAACUGUACUGUUCGGCCGUCCAACGGUGAGUUAUUAUUAUUUUAAAAAAAUGCCAAAUUGCGCAUUUAGAUCGAGGACGUCGAGCCUACAGGUAUACUAUGGAACCCCGACCUAAGUCCUUGUCCGGUGGGUCACGAGAAUUAUUUUAUCAUUACAAUUUAGGGCCUUAAGGUUAGGCUUCUAUUAUAAUAAAAUAAUAUUACGCGCGUAAUGUAAUACACCAAAGCUUUGGGACUAUUAAGUUUCUUUAGACGCAAUUGAUUUCAUAUAAUAUAUAUAUAGAUACCGUUAAAUGGUAUUGUUUCGUACAAUCGAUUAAACGAUUGGUUUUUUUUUUUUUUUGUGCUGUUCGUUUUCAAAAUCCUUUUAUGUGUGUUAAAAUUAUUUAUUUAUUUACUUAUUUUUGCGGCGUAAAUAUUAACCGUAUCUGUGCGCGGAAUUGAUAAACUGACGGGAAAACGUUUUAAAACUUUUGUGUGUGUCGAGAAAAACAAAAUUUGUUUCGAAAAAAUAUACCCUGCAGAGUUACUGGCUACAUCACGAACCCACGCGUGCUUAUAUAAAUCGACUACUUACCACGCAUAAACGCUGUUUUCGUAAAAAAUAAAUUUCGCAGAUAUUUGUUAAUUUGUUUUUUUUUUUUUUUUCUAUGUCCAAAGUGUCAAAUUUAGGUAUCCGCAAAUAAUUUAAGAAUAUAUUUUUACAUUUUGACAAAGUAAAAAGUAAAACUCCUUCGAUUGCGUGGAUAAAAAUAAAAUUCACUCUAAAAAAUCUGCAUUGUUUGGGAUUUUUUUUUUUUAAAGAACAAAAUAAUGAUAAUAUUAUUUUUGUAAGUGUACAGUUUUCUUUGGUUUAUUGAUAUUGGAACAUUAUUUUUUUAAAAAAAAAAUUUCCUAUUGUGCCCGAACCAUUAACCACUAUACCAUUAACAUUUAAAAUUUUUCUAAAUUAGUCCAUUAGAAUAACACGUAAAUGUUAUAAGUGUCCGAAACUGUGACGAAUUCUAAAAUCCGUGCUUACUUCGGACAUGUAUAAAUAUAGGGGAAAAAAAAUGUACAAACUCGAAAUUCUAUUUUAAUUUUCGUUUUCGUCAGAAAGUGUGUAAUAAAUAAAGUAUAAUAAAUUGGCUCGUAUAAUUUGACGAAAAAAAAAAAUUAGUUUAAAAAGUCUUUGAACUUAUAUAUAUAUAUAUAUUAAAUUAGAUAAUGAUUUAAGAAAGAAAAAAAAACGCUCGUGAACCAUUUAUUUUAGAAGUAGUUAUUAGGUGCCACGAACAAAUUAUAAUAUAAUUGAUCAAUCGAAUUAAAAAAAAUUAAUAAGUUGGUAGAUACAACCCCAGAUUUUACACAAAAAUGUUUAAUAAAUUUAGAAAAAUCGAAUAUGUAUUUACCUAAUCCUUACCUACUAAAUUCUGGCGAUUUUAAUUUAAUUACAUAAUAAUGAAUAAUGUAUUAAAUAAAUUGAAUAAUUAUAUUUAAAUAAAUACUUGUUAAACUUCGAAUUAGCCGUAAACAAAACGGACAUAAUAUUUUUCAAUGUUUAUACCGUCAUUAGGUUGGUUUUCAUAGGUACUCAUUAGAGCUAUUGUCAUUAUACGUUUAAAUAGAUUAUAUGUUUUUUUUUUUCGGGUUUAAUGCGUUAUAAUAAUCUUUUAAAUGAUAUUUACUCUUUACAUUCGAUAAUGAACUGAAAAUAAUCAAAACAUUUAUAUUGCAUGUGACGGAUUCCGUCGUGACCGUGGACAAGUUAUCUUGAUACCCGUGAUCGUGACCGAAUUAGACCGUGGUAUAGUGCACUGCAGUUACAAGUUCAAAGCCCAUCGUUAUUUUUCUGUUCGGGGAAUUGUACAAAAUUGUUUUUUUUUUUAUCAUUUUAACAGUACUGCACUGUACUGAUUUUGAUAUCGAAACUCUUAAAGUGGUAUUUUAGUGCUGGGAAAGCGCAGCUCACAAAUUCGUCAUUUAAACAAUAUAAUAUUAUGUGUGCUAUUAUUUAUAGACUCUGAGCGAAGCGAGGAAUGUAUCGGUUUUGCAAUGAUAUAUUUUUUUAUACAUAUAUCGCGUACAAAAGUUCUAGGUAACACUUUCGAGACAUUUUUUUUAGCCAUUUUUGAAUUAUUUAUAGACAUUUUUAUUCGGUAGUUACCUACUCUGUGGUUACAAUUGUUAGAACAAACAGAAACACUUAAAAAUUCAACAGGAAGACCAUUAUAAGUACUAUAGUGGUCCACAAGAAAAAUUUGAAUUUAAUGUAAUAUUUAUUUUUUUUUUUUCUAAGAAUUUUAAUUUUAAAUUCUGGCGAAAAACGUAAAUAUUAUGGCCUUUUAAAACACGUACAACCGAACUCCGCUGAAAAUCGUUUUCCACUAUAAAUGCGUGAUUACGUAAAACGUUAUCAAAAGUUGUACUAAGCGGUAAAAAGGUAAUGGACAUUUUAAAAAUCACGGCAUUUCGAAACGUGUUUGACAUAAUUUCGCUCAGAAUUAUUUUUCGUUGAAAAUGUUUUGUCGUUGCGUGCAGAUGUAAAUUAAAUAAUUCUAUAUACGAUAUACCUAUCUUAUUUUUCCAACUUUCUACCUAUAACAGUGGCACAACCCCGUCUUGAUCGUUUUUAAUUGUUCAAUUUUGGUCAUAAAUUAUGCACCCUCGUAUACCUAAUAUUAUUUAUAUAUAUAUAUAUAUAUGAAUAUAUUAAUAUUUAGAAUCGGAAUAUAAAUAGCAAUUAAACUAAUACUUAACAAAAACUAUAGGUAUUUUAAUAUCCGAUAAUAAUUAAAAAUAAUAAUGAUACAAAUUGAAUAUUUCCUCCUUUAAGUAGGUUAGGUUAGUACGUCAGGUAUAGGUAUUAUCAUUUAUCACCUUAUCAGUAAUAUAUUGUCCACGUUGAGUUGAGUUAUAAAUUUGACAAAUGUAGGUUCAUAAACAAUUGUUGGAGUUUUUUGAUUUUUAUGUUGGAAAUAAUUAUUGUAUUCUCAAUAAAAUGUAAUAGGUAUAUAAGUAACACUCCUACUAUAUCUAUUGCAAAAUUAAAAUAUUUGUCAUAAUAUUUGACAUUAAAUGAAAAAAAAAAAAAACAAAUUUAUUUGUAAACAAUUUUAAAUAUUCAUUUUAUCGGUGGCUAGGUACCUAUUGAAAAUUAUAUAAACGCUAUAGUAAGUAGAUAUACAUAUAUUUAGCUGAAUUUAAAAACAAGUAUACAAGUGCAAGUUUAAAGCCGAUUUAAUAUAAUAUAAAUCUUUAUUUAUUUUUUUUUUUUCCUAAGCGCUUAAUGCGUUUCAAAUGACAUAGGUAUAAUUAAAAGAUUAAUAUUACUAUCCCACCAUUUUAUUAAAAUCUGUAUAUAUUGGUAAUAAUAAUUUCGAAAUAUAUAAACAAAUUACAUUUUCAUUUAUACGAUAGGAAUGUCUAUAAUUUCAGGGUACGAUUUAUCAAUUUUAUUAUAUUUAAUGUAACUUUAUAUAUAUAUAUAUAUAUAAAUUUCGUUAGUAUUAUAAUAUUAUGUACCCGUUGUAUAUACGAGAUUACAAAAUCACUCUUUGUAUUUUCAAUUAUACGGACGAUGAUAUUGUUUCAUAAAAAUUGUAUUUUAAGAACAAAGUAUGGACAGGUACCUACAUAAUUCAAAUGAAAAUUGGAGAUACCUUGGUACCUAAUUAAUUAUCUAUUUAAUUACUAUUAAAUAUUAUAUUAGGUUAGGUUGAAGUGCAACGUAACGUGUAAUCAACUAUUCAACUAUACAUAUCUAUUAAGUUUGUUUGAAAUAUUAUUGUUAUUUUAUAUUUAUUAAAUCGUAGGUACCUAAUAAAUCGUUUAAUGUAUUGUAUCCAUAUUAUUUAUGUUUACAUAAUAAUAGGUAUUAUAGGUACCCAUGAGAUAAGACGUAAUUAUCAUAUUUUCCUAUUUAACACGCGUUGGAUACACGUAAACACGUAGCUAAUAAAAAAAAAAAAAAAAAUCGUUUACAUAUAAUAUCUAUUAUUUAGGCAACUACUACUUAGUUUUAUUUGUUGAUAUUUAUAAAAAAAUGUAUUAUACUAUUAUAUAUAAUACAUAUAAUCAAACUAUAUACUAAAAUAAAACAGUGAUUUUAUCAGUAUUGUCCGACUAUUACGAUUUAGAUACGUAGGUAUAAUAAUAAUUAUAUUAUAUUAAUAAUAUCUGUUCCUUUAAUAACCUUCUCAUAAUUUAUUUAUUUAAAACUAUAUUUAUUUAUUUAUUUUUUUUUUUGCCAAGGUUUUGUUAGGUUAUUAAAAAAUAAAAAACAAAUUCAAUUUUUAUAGAUUUCCCCGUUCCCACACCCACCCCCAGGAGCGGUGUGUUUUAUCCGUGACCCCCUGCAAUUCUUUUUUUUAGCCUUGAGGAAAUAUGAAUGAGCAUUUAAUAAUUUAAAAACUAAUAUGAUAAAUAUAAUUGGUUAAUAUUGUAAUAAUAAUCUAAUCUAAUUUUAACAUAUUUAUCAGCUAUUUUAUUUUUGGCAUUUCAUUAUAUUUUUAUUAAUUAUUAUGAAUCAGAAUAUAUUAACUAUUUUGGUACAGUUUAUUAUUUUAAAAUGACAAUGAUUCAAUCAUUCCAGAACACUUUCAUUAUUUAUAAAUCGUAUGGGAAGUCUUAUAAAAACACUAUUUCAUUAUUAUUGUUUCUUUUCAUAAAAUGGUCUAAUUUAAAAAAGUUUAAUUUUUGAACAAGAAUCCUUGGGUUUAGUUUAAUACAAAUGCAAAUAUUUUUUUUUUUUUACCAAGGACAAUAUUUAAAUAUUUAAUGAGAGAAUAUCCAUUAUCAUGUAUAUUUAGUCUCAUUAUUAAUUUAUAUGAAAAUUGUAAUAGUCAGUAGGUACCUAAUACAAUUAUCAUGCAAUUAUGAAGAAGGUUUAUUUUUGUUUAAUAAAAACUAGAUGGGUACAUUUUAAGUUUUAACAUACCUAAUAGGAUCAAUAUUGUUUAAGUAGGUAAUUUAAGUUUAUUCCUGAGGUUAACUUGACUAAACCUCUUUUAAACUCUAUAUCUAGCAUUACCUAACUACCCGUACUUAUACAAUUGUAAACUAUAAUAUUUUAAUAAUGUAAUUUAAUUAUUUUUAGUAAAAAUGACUGUUGACAACGAAUUGAUUCGUCUGUGCAUUGACGAGAGUCCACCCAGAAAUCAACCUUUAGUUGCAAAGUAUAUAAGGUAUUUAAAUUUAUAUUAUUUAUUUUGUUGUUUAAUAAACAAAUUAUUUAAAUUAUUUUGUAAUAUUAAAAUAGUUCUAAUAAUGUUUGUAGGAGUUUUGCUUUUCCAGUAUUAUCAAAGUUGUCUCCAUUUAACAUUUCCAAAACUGGAAGUUACUUAGAAGCUAAUAAGACAGCUAUUUUACAAAAAUAUGGACCAGUAAGUACCUUUAUAAAUUAUAUACAUUCUUAUUCAUAUUAAGAAUAAGAUAUAAUAAAAAAGAUAACACAAAUUUUGUGAAAGUAUUUUGUUAUGUGUGAAUAUAUUGAUACCUAGUUAAAGGAUGAUGACACACUGUUUAACCCAUAUUUAUAUUGCAUUAUGAUUUAUCACACAGUUAGGUUACAUAUUGUAUUUGUGUAUCUUUAGGUAGUAAUUGUAAUUUAAUUUGUACAUAAACUUUUUCUUUAUUUAAUGUAUACACUGCAUGAGUUCAUAUUAUCAUUAUAAAAAUUACAGAAGUUUUCAUAUGCUAUACAUCUGAUUAUCAAUUUUCCUACUUUAAUAAACUAAAACUUCAAAUUAAAACUUUUAUAUUUAUGUAUCUACAUAAAUGAAUUCAUUUUUUUUUUUUUAAUAAACUUAAUUAUUUCAUGUAGAUAUAACUAAUAUCGGUAUUUAAUAAUAUAUUUGCUUAACUAAUUUAUUUUCUAUUUAUUUUCUUGUAUAAAUAAUAUAAAAGAAUUAUUCAAACAUUUUUUUUAUUUUACUUUAACCUAUUUACAUAAUUGUUAUUUGCAUCUUAUAAUUUAUGAAUUAAAAUUUGUAUUUUUUUUUUUUUUGAAACGAUAAUUGAUAAAAUUAUGCGAUAUGAUAAAUAUUUAGAGUUAAUAUACAAGUAAGUGUAUAUUGUGUUUUUACAAUUAGAAUAUCAAAUAUUAUUUAUAUACUUAAUAUUUUUAGUUUCACCUAUUUAAUUGCAUAUUUACAUAAUUUAAUUUCAACUGUAAUGACAUUAAAAUAUAGGAAAUGCCUCUCAUAGGGUAAUAGUUUUGACUUAUAUACUAAAUACUUAAUUUUUGGUAACAUUUUACUUUUAGUAUGUAAAAAUUAUAUAAAUAUUGUUUAUUAUAUAAAGAUCAUAAUAUUAUAAUAUAAUAAAUAUAUUUGCAUUAUUUUCAAAGAGAAGAUAUUUAUAAGAAAUACUGGAAUAUAUUUUAAGUAAUCAUUUUAUUAUAAUAAAAUAUAAUACUGCAUUAUUAUUAUUUUUGUUUGAAAACGCAUGUAAAGUCAUGUGCGAUUUCUAUAAAACAUGAUAAAACACGUGCUUUAAAAUUACACUUUAGACUGAAUACAUGUUAAUUACAGCAUGAUUAGUAAACAUACUGAUUACUAAUAACUGAUUUUCAAUAGAAAUAUAAUUAUCAUUAUUAUAAAUAUGUAUAAUUGAUAAAAAAAGUAUAGACAUUUUUUGACUUUAACCUCAAUAGGUAGUGAAUAAUUAUGGUAGGUACCUAAUAAGAUUAAGAUUAAAGAUAAAAUUAUGAUUAGGAUUUUAUUAUGUUAGUGUGUCAAAUUAAAAUUGCUUAUAAUGAAGUAUAUUAUAGAGAGUUUUUGGAUAGGUACUUCUUGAUACUAUAUAAUAGGUAUAAUAAAAUCAAAUUUACAUUAUACAAUAACUCAUAUGAUCACUUAAACCAUUUUUCAUUUAAACUUUAGUUUUAAAUUUAAAUAUGUCUUUAAUAUGUGUAUGACAUGCUAAAUGUUUAACUUUUUGGUUUGGUCGAAAAAGAGAAAGAAAAAGUAUGAUGUUGGUUGAAAUUUUGAUAGGUGUACUUAAGCCAAAGUUUAUAAAGUUGAUUUUUGUAAAAAUUGUAACUAAUGAUGCAGAAGGGUGAAAUAAGAGAAAUCUGUACCUCAAUUUACUAUCAGUUCAAAAUUUAAAACAAAAAUAAACUUUUUUUAUGUAGAAGUCAGGCAAAUUAAAAUUCAAAAUAUACAAGUCUAGUGAUGACUGAUGAGUAUGAAAUAAUGAUAUACUUACUUAUUUUAUUUUUUUUUAAAGAAUCUGCAAUCUUUACAGUUUUGCAUAAUAAGUAGGUUUGAUAAAAGACAGAAAAUAUAAUUAACAGUGAAUCUAAAGAUUAGGUAGGUUACUCAGUAGUAACAUCCAACAUAUAUACUUAUUUAUAAAAGUCAUUAUAGAUAUAUUGUUUUGUCAGACUCUUUUUCUAAAACUGCAUAAUAAUUAAAAAACAAGAAAGUCUUAUUAUCUUUAUUAUUAUCAAUAGUAGGACUGAAUGACAAAGAAAUACUCCAUUUAAGAUGAAUUUGCAGUAUUUAUCACAGUAGGUUAUCGACAAUAUUGUAUAAUAAUGGACUUUUCCCUUUACAUUCAAACUAAAUGUUAAUAAAUUACUAUACAGAUAAAGUAUGAUAACUAAUUGAGUAUUCAUUGCAUUUGUGUAACCACACAACCAAUGUUGGUGAUAGUAGUGGAAAAAUGUGACAUAUGCCCUGAGUCCUUUUACGUGUUUUCGUUUUAAUGGCUCCACUAUAAAUUGUACAAGACAAUCAUUAUUCAUACUAAAUUUGUAUAUAUUAUUCAUUAUUAUAAAAAGUCUCGAAUUAACCGUGGUUUUCAUUAAUCCGUGUGACCCUGUCCCACCAUUACUCCGGAUAAUUGAGAUUUCACUGUAUUAUGUUGUGCAAUUAAAAUAUUAAUUAACAAAUAUUGUAAUGUUUUUUUAUUUUGUGGUAGCAGAAUAAAUUAGUUAAUAAUUAUUAUAAAACAAAUUUUAGGGUGCUGAAAAUGAUAUUACAUCAGUUUUGACCAAGUUGAACACUUUAAUAACAGACAUUUUGAAUAAUAAACCAUUUAGAGAAUUGGUUUCUGAUAAUGUUGAUGUUGAAAUAUGGAAUAAAGUUCUUAAGGAUUAUUCUGAUGAAGAUGGAAAUCGGCCUACUUGGUUAUUUACUAACUGGCUGUAUUGUGAAUGUUAUAUACAUCGGCGUAUAUUUGAAGCUUUUGAAACUAGGUAAGUGGUAAAACUUUAUUAAUCUUUACAUUCAAUUGAUUGUAAUUUAAUGUCAGUUAAUAUUUAUUUAUAUCAAUUGUAUGUUAUAGUAUAUAUUUAAAAAACUAUGAUCCAUUUUAUGAACAAAAAAUGCAAGGAUUAGUUUCAUGUGAAGAUGCUAUGGAAUUAUUAGGAAAAUUUUUAAUUAAAUAUUUUCACAAAGAGGACAUAGAUAUAAAAAAUCUCCAUGAAGAUUUACCGAAAAUGUUUAAGUGUGCUUUAUGGGGAAACCGUUGUGAUCUUUCACAAACUGGUGGUGACGCAAUUGCACAAACUGAAUGCCCGUUGGUAUUAGUUGAUGCAUUACAACAUCUUAUGCUUGUUGAUGAAUCUCCUAAAGCCGUUGAUUUUUUAUGUGCUUCACUUAAUGAUGCUACUAAUGAUGAUAAAAUAUUGGGUAAUUAUUUAAAGAGCUCAAUGUGUUAUUUACCAGAUACACCAAUCAAUUUUUUAAAAUUUUAUUACUGUAUUAUUUGUAUAAAAAAGUAUUUUGUUAUUGAUAAUUUAUUUAUGUAUUUGUGAAUUUUAUUUUCAGACAUCAUUUUGGAUAAUGCAGGCUAUGAAUUAUUUACAGACUUAUGUUUGGCCGAUUAUUUAAUUACAUUUAAAUUUGUGAACACUAUAAGAUUUCAUGGCAAAGUUAUUCCAUGGUUCAUAUCUGAUGUAACUACUCAGGAUUUCAUUAAUACCAUAGAUUAUCUAUCUUAUAAAAUUAAGAGUGAUGUAUUAAAAGAAUUAGGAAAACGAUGGGAAAAUUACAUGAAAUCAGGUUCGUGAAUAUGAAAAUAUAAUUAUUAGAAUAUAGAAUUGUUUUUAUUUUAUCUAAUGAAAAUAUUUUAAAAUACCUAAAAUAUUUAUAUUAUUAGGUCAAUGGAAAUUUGAAUGUGAACAAUUUUGGACAUUACCAUUUUCUUUUGGUCAAAUCAAAUCAUUAGACAAUGAAUUGUAUACGAAACUUGAAGAAUCAUUUUUAAUCAUUUCCAAAGGAGAUCUCAACUACAGAAAACUGGUAGGCGAUGUAUAUUGGAAUCCUACAGUACCUUUUAUUGAAACAGUUGGAAAUUUUAAACCUUCAAAACUAAUUGCAUUAAGGACAUUAAAAUCAGAUAUUACUUGUGGCUUACCUGAAGGUUUAGCUGAACAUGUGUCAAAAACUGAUCCAAACUGGUUAAAAGAAGGUAAAUAUGCAGUUAUUCAAGUUGAUGGUAUUUAAAAUAUUACAUUUUAUUGUUCAUCUAAAAAUAAAUUAUUAGAAUUAUUGAUAAAAAUAUACAAUCACAAAUUAUUGAAUAAUAAUAUUAAUAUUGAAUUUUAUAUUAUAGUGUGCACUAUUAUGAAAUUAGAAACUUGAUAAUUGUUUUACUAAUUAAACUUUUAUUAUUAUAUAGAAAUUUGUUUUAAAAAUCUUGAUUAAAUGUAGAUAAUUUAUUUAAGAAUUAUUAAUUUAUCAUUGAAUUUGUGAUUAAUAUUUGUUUUAUUAUUAUUUAUUCUUGGAAUGAUGUUAAUAAAAUAUUGAAAACGAUAUUCUACUAAUUUUUUUUUGUUCUGUUUUUCUUUUAAAUUGUACAAUUGUUAAAUAAUUGAUAUGACUCCAAUUUCACCAAUACGAGGUUCACCAUUUUCACCAUUGGUGAAUUGGACCAAAACCUCUAAGUAAUUAUGUGUUAUUUUUAGACGUUGUUACUUUAAACAUGUUCUAACUGUUUUUAUGGCUGAAUAAAUAUAUUAUUAUUAUUAU